GUACAUAACCAGUGUGCUUGACUCAGUCUUCCAAAGGGGAGGCAAAAAGCUCAGCGGACCCCAUGGAGAGCUUCGGCACCGAAGUCAAGGAGACGCCGUACCCGCUGAUCGCGGCACUGGGCUCGCGCGAGCUGCAGAACAAAGUGCUGCCACUGGUGCGCGUUGCCAACGAGGAGUUCGUGCCCAAGCUACACUUCACGUCGCUGCCCCGCGAGCACCGCUUCCCCGUGAAGAAGGAACUGCGCGAAAAGCACGGGACGUUUCCCAACCAGACGCAGCGCGACUUCGAGGGAUACCGUGUGCAAGGCAUACUCAAAGCGCGAUGGCUUAAGAAGCACCACGAGCUGCUACCGGCAGUCGUGCUGCUAUUUGACGAGUUUGAUCCACGCUGGAGCCCGCCAGAUUGGCAGCAGAGGGAGACGGCGCUCCGAGAGGAGGUCGAGAAACUCAAACGUACAUUAUCAGGUGGGUUUUAUUGAAAUUUUUGUUCAAAGUAGAGGUAUUUAAUUGGAUUUUAUCAGCUAGAGAAUGUCGCGUGAUGCUGAUUCUACUGCAGCAAGUGGACGAUGCCGGGGUAGCACCAAUGAACACGACGGAGGAGAGAUUGACGAACCUUAGAAGGAGACUGGACACUGAUACCAAGGGGCUGGUACUCUUAAGAUCCAGAGAUCUCGUGCGUGGAUCCGCUAUGCUGGUCAAGUUGGAGUCGUCGAUGCGCAACAUGGCGCUCGAGUACUACAAGGCCCAGUCGAAGCGGGUGAAACGGUAUAAGAAGGCACUGGCGAAGACACCUGGCUACCAGGCACUGCAUGCGAGAUUGAGCUUCAAGAUCGCGCAUUACUAUGAGUUUCGACGCUAUACGACCAAGGUGUUGCAACACUACGAAGCAUCGUAUCGGGCCAUCAUCGCGCUGCCACUGAACGAGAACGAAUCGGUCGAUGGAAUCGCGUACACGCAGGUCAUGACGAUGGCGGAGUUUGUGAACUUUAAGCUUUGCUACCACUUGAUCUUCUCGUCAAACAAUAUCAAGGGUGCCGUGGACCAACUACAACGCCACAUGGGCGUAUAUUCGCGCGCUAUUAUUGUGGCGGACCGAGCCUACGAGCACUGGGAGUGGGUUUCUCGACAGUACCAUGUCUUUGCUCAAUUACUGGCCGAAGCUACGUCCAUUCGAGGCUCACUGCCCAGCACUGGCUUGGAUUCAGAUGUGUAUAAGGAGCCGUAUUUAUAUUACUCCAUUGCAGCGAAGUACGCUAUGUUUCGGAGGAAGGCGGCUGCAAAACUUGGACUCACGGUUACUACAGUUGUGCCUUCAUCAACUCCUAAUGGCGAGGUUUUAUCAGAACGUGACUUUGUCGUGGUGCCUUCUGUUUACGUUGGAGGCGAUCCAGUGGUAUCUGAAGCGAACUCGGCGUCACAAGACCCGUCAAUAGCAGCACUGGUCAAGUACCGCCAUGCAAUGGAGAGGACUGUGUCGCAUGCGAAGCGGUCUAUUGUUCUCUUGGAGCACGCGAUCCAGCAUCUAACGAUGUAUGUUGCUGACCACAAUGCCCCCCGCAGUCGGAUGAAAAGCCGACUGCUUGUUCAUUUGGGCACAGAACGGCUUGCAUCAGGCGAGUACGAACGCUCACGAGCAGAACUACAGAAGGCGAAAGCAACGUUUGCAAUUGAGAACUGCUGGGCUCAAACGGCUCAGAUUCUGAAACAAUUACUGAUCUGCACCUUCCGUCAAGGAGAUACUGCGGCCUAUUUGGACUAUUCGCUGCAGUUAUUAUCGCCCGUUGUGGAGGAGUUUGUGUCACCUAAAGAGCGUGGUCGUAUCCAGGAUUCGUUCAUAACAGCGUGGAGAAACCCAGCAGCACUUGGAGCGCCAUUUACCGAGAACUCGGCGCUUGGGAACGGCCAUGAAGUCGCACUCGAUCGAUCGCGCCCGGUGUUCACGUUAGCAGCACAAUUCGACCGUGCCUCUGCUUGUGUGAAGGAAGAUGCGACGCUCGAGUUAGAGUUGCGAUCACAUUUCCCGUCGCCGCUUGUGGUGGCGAAGAUAGAGUUGGUGUUUAACGACGAGCGGUACCGUACCGUCAUCUACCAUCAAACCGACGUGGAGUCUGGAUCAUUGACUUCCGUCGAUGGGAAGCUGUUCACGUCGCUGGAAUUUACUCACAAAGUGGCUAAAGAACUCCGCGUUCCGUUGCAUGUGCUGGAUGGACGACAGAUGCUAUCGAUCCAGGAAGUGCGGUUCUAUUUGAGCGGAGACCACAGUGCAAAGGCUAAUGGUGUCAGUGCUGAUAGUGCAGCACCAGAGGAAGAGUUCUUGAUUUUCAGCCUGCUAGUGGGACGAGUGUCUGUAGAGCAGCGGGAGACGCCACAGCCGUAUCUUAUUAAUGGACGUGUGCCGGCCAUGGGCAAUGGCUCUGCAUCUCCGAGUUUCUCGAGGAGAAAGUCGAUGUUCUCACUUGUCGAGGGCCCUCGCCCCGGCCAAACAGACACACCAGAGUCGAUUCAAGAGGACGGCACCGCACAUCUUCGGGGCUCGUCGUUGAUGAUUCUGCAGCCUCGAGCGAAGGCUACACUGAUGAUGCUGUCACACGAGCCACUGUUGACUGGGGAUUUCCGCGAGCUUGCGUUCAAGUUGUCUGCCAAUGAAGAUAAGUUGGAGAACGUGACAUUCCAAGCUGCGUGUGAACCCCCACCGGCGUCGGUAUCGCCAAACGAUGCGUUCUUCUUCACAGAGCACUCAGGCGUGUUAAAACCCGUGCCUUUGGAUACAAACCUACAACCUCGGGAUCUUAACUCGUUGCCCAACAAAGACCCGGAAACUGAGGAGACGCUGCGGGUUAUUGUUCGCUCAACGAGAGCGACUCCCGUGACUUUGAUUGUCUCCGUCGCGUACACGACAAAAGCUGGAGUCGCGGUGAGUUUUGAUGAACGGUUCGAGUUGGUCUGUCACGAUCCGUUCGACAUCCAAGGAGGUUUAAUUCACGACUUCCUCAGCGGAGGUGGCGUGCCUGGCGCUGCACAAAUGCCGAAGGGAACGUACGGAUGUGUGGGGAACUCGGUGAGCUUCCAAGGCAGCGUCACUUGCACGUCUGGAGAGUCUUUGAAGGUGCUUGCACUGGAGUUCGAAGCGCGUGAGACCAACACGAUUGAAGACUUGGCUGUGUCGGGAUUUGGUCCGGUAUCCAGUGACAGUGACGACGUUUGUGCGACCUUCAACGACGGUGAUUCACGGUGUUUCUGCCUGCGGUUAGUACCGAAGUUAGCGUCUAAAUUUGUGACACUAGGUCGCGUCAAGGUGCUUUGGAGACGCGAAUCGUCGACGAUUAUCAGUACUCCGGAUGGUUCUCACAACGAUGUCGUUAGUACGUGGCUGGAGAUCCCGAUGGUUUCGUUCGUGGACGCCCCACUCACUUUCAGCGUGGAGACCCCAUCGUUUGGUGUUGAAGGUGUCGUCGUCUACAUGGAUGUGAAGGUAAGGAACAACGAGGCGGUUUUCCACAGUCUGCGUGUCAAGCCGGUGGAUGCAGAGGGAGCGUUCUUCAUCUCUGGUCGUACGAAUGCCACGGAGGACUUACUUCCUUUCGACGAGCAAGUGUUCCAGUUGUGUUUGGUGCCUACGAAGACAGGCUACCUCCGACUACCCCGCUUAGAGAUCGUGUCGUUGACGUACAACCUCCCGUUCACCAAUCCGGACGAGCGCCAGGAGUUGUUUGUGCUUCCAAGGGAACGUCCCGACUGGGAUCCUGCCAAAUGACUAGUCGCAGUGAGGUUACGUGCGUGUGAUAGACUUAUGGAGCGCUGAUCGGUUUCAUCCGACUUGCGGUGGAAAAACUUCAACACGAAUGAAACGGAGCAUCUGUCAAGUCACUAUUUCGAAGAGUGACUAAUGUAAUAACCUUUAGCAGUUUAUACAAAUAUUUCGAUACAGAUUUUCACCGAAA